AUGAUAAUCCCUCAGAUUUUGGUUGAAGAUGAAAACACACAGUUAUCUCUUGAUCCCAAAGUGCAAAUGUACCUGGCUCAGAUGUCACAAGAAUCUGGUUGCUGGGGAAAAUGCUUUCCCAUACCAUUUGAAAGAGCCUCUCAGAAGUCAUGGUGGGACCCAACUUUUGACUCAGAAAUACUUGAAGAGCAGUAUAAAAAGAUUCAAGUAAUAGUAAUAAAGUGA